AUGAGUUAUAAAGAAACGGUAGAGGAAACGGUUCCUUUAUCAUCUGAAAUUUCCCUUAAUCCCGAAGAGAAUUAUAAUAGAUGUCUUUGGAAACGUCUACGUGAAAGAAAUGAAGGUUUGUCAAUUACCUGGGGAUGUUCAUUGUAUUUACAUUCAAUUGUUGUGGUUAUAUCUUCUAUUAUCUAUUUUUUUCAUAAAGACGAAGUUAAUUAUGUCAGUACUGAGAAUAUUCGUAAUAUUGGUUUUCGUGAUGGUUUCGCAUCUUUCACGAUUUUUACCGUCUCAAUCCUUGCUUUUGUUUGCUUUAUUGUAAUUUACGCCUAUUUCAAUCCCAUUGUUGUCGAAAUCGAAAUGGAUUCUAUUCCUAUGGAAGAAUUACCAAGAAAGGAUGAUGGUAGAGAAUAG